UCAGAAGCAGGAUGAAGAGAGGAGCCCAGGGGGGUCUAUGUAAUACUGGACUGGAGCUGGAGGACAUGACAGGAAGAACCGUCCAGGAAUCAGGGUGUCCACAGGGAUCCAGGUCCUCUGUGUCAGCAGCAGCUUGGUGGGUGUCUUAUUACAGAGGUCGCUGGAGGCAGAAAAGAAGAAAGCUUACAGGAUUUCAGGUGGAGGUCAAAUACUGUGGUCUGGCUGAGGAUGAUGAAGAUGACAAAGAGCAGAGGGACAAAAUAGACAACAUCAACAAAAACCAACAACUCAACAAAAAACUGCUCGAUCACUUCAGACAUCUGGCUGCAACCAACCAGGACACUGACCAGGUGGACCUUCAGCUUCUGGACCGGGCGAUCUCAGACGGAGCUGAUCCGAACGCCUCAGACAGAUAUGGACAGACCGUCCUGCACGAGAUCUCCAGAGCGUGGAGCGUGGAUGUGAUGCGGUUCUUCCUAGACCGGGGCUCAGACCUCCUGCGGCCAGAUCAGUUUGGAGUCACUGCGCUGCAUGUGGCCUCGGCGCUGGACUAUCAGGACAUGGUGCAGUUCCUGCUGGACCGAAAAGCUGAUCCGGAGGCUCGCACCUUUCUGGACAAGCAGACCCCGCUUCACUACGCUGCGAAGAAUGAUGCCGUCGGUUCGAUCAGGCUUCUGCUGCAGGCCGGAGCCUCCAUCAGCUGCACCGACUACAAACGCAGGACACCACUGCAGCUCGCCGCUAACGCAGAGCGUAGUGAUGCAGCUCGUGUGCUGUUGGAGCUCGGGGCGGAGGCGGGGCUGAAGGACUCUGAUGGACAGUUCUGUAUAACAGCUCUGAUUGGCCGGAUGAGCCCAGUGGCUCAGCUGGCUCUCAGUCAGUUCCAUGUUUUCGACCGAAUGACCAGGCAGCACUACUACUACCUGAACCUGCUGGAACCAGAACUACACUCACCUGAGGACCAGCUGUCAGGUGUGUGGGUCGGUGAGCCAAUGUCUCCGCUGCAGAUGGUGAUUCAGGAGGAGAAACUUGAUCUCAUCAUGAAUCCCGUCUUCCUCAAACUGAUCCACGUCAAAUGGAAUCUCUACGGCAGGUUUGGGGCAUGGCUUCUCCUUAUCCUUAACUUCCUGUUUAAUGUUUCCUGGACGACUGUCGCUAUCUCAGUGUCUGUCCACCGAGACUCACCUGAUCGUUAUGUCCUCCCCGAGGACUGGUGGUGUGUCCUCUUUGUGGUCUUGGCGCUCCUGUUGACCCUAGAGGAAGUGCUAAGGGAUGUGCGGGACAUCCUGCGCUCAAGGAAAAAGCUCCACCUCUGGCAGCAGUUGGUGAAGCAUCGUCUCCAGAGUGACCUGAGCUGCUCACAUCCCAUGUGGCCACAGGAGAGAGAGUUUCUACUAAACCAGUUCAAACUGGUUGACAGGAAGAGAGGAAGCUACUGCCGGGACCUGUGGAAUGUCUUUGACUGGCUGGUGUACUUUCUGCUGACUGCAUCGUUCAGUGUCCAUGUGGCCGAUGUGAUUGGACCGUCCACCAUUCUUAACACCAUGAGUUUGCGUAUGUUCUCCAUCACCAUUGUCUUCCUGUGGUUGCGACUCAUGAAACACGUCAGAGGCUUCAGGCUGAUGGGGCCGUUCAUCGUCAUGUUGGGGAAGAUUGUUGGGGAUGUGAUGCGUUUCCUGUUCCUCUACGCGGAGAUCUUCAUCCCGUAUGCCUGCAGCUUCUGGAUCAUGUUCGGAGGGAUGGCUUCAGUUCCCAGCAUGCAGUCUGUCCUGGGCCUGCUGUACAGUCUGUAUCGGAUCACUCUGGUGGACGAGUACGAGUACGCUGCCAUGGUGGCUGUGGAUGAUGUCAUGGCUCCUGUGCUGUGUGGGACGUUUCUGGCAGCGUCUUCAAUCCUGUGUGUUAACCUGCUGAUUGCCCUGCUGACUGAUACCUUCCAGAGGGUUCACAAUAACUCACAGGCCAAUGCUAUGAUGCAGCAGGCCGCUGUCAUCCUGCAGGUGGAGGAAUCCAUGCCCCUCCUGCGUCAUUUCUACGACAACCAGUACAUCUCCAGCCACUGCUCGCCAUUGGUCGAACCCUCUGAUGAUGGCAUCACAACAAACUUGCAUUACCAUGAUGAGAUGGGACGAAUUACAGUGCAGAUCAAAGAGGUUCUAGACCAGUUCUUGGUCCUGCAGCGGGAGGCGGAGACCACAGAAGGUCCACGAGUCCAGAUGGACCAGGACCAGCAGAACCAGCAGGAGACCCAGAGGAAUAAGUGCCAGCAGAGCCAGGAGCUUCAAGAGGACCAUGAUAAACAGAAUCAGAACCAGGACAACAAAGACAAAUGUCGCCAAAUCCUACAGAGGCAGACCCAGGAGCUUCAGGCCUUGCGAGCAGAGCUGAAGGAGCUCCAGACUCUGGUCUUGCAGCUGGUUAAAACCAAGACCAACUCUGUAUAAGAGCUGUGGGUUAGACUGGGAGGAAUGUCAGAACCAUUGUUUCAUGUUUCUGUUUCUCCAGAAUCUCCUCUGGUCCAGGACUUCCUGUUUAAUUGUUAUUUACAAACUCUCAUAAAUGAAAAUACCAGUAAGAAGUUUGCUAAAGGUUCAGUGUCAUUCAUCUUUAGCUGGUAUUUUGGUAGCCAUCUUGGAAUGAAUGUGGACUGUUAUUUGAAAAUAAAGUCCCCCCCCGAAAAAAUAACAUCACAGCUUCAUUAAUGGUUCAGUCCAGAGACAUUAGCUGUGUCCCAAUUCAGAGGCCCCAUCCUCCUCAGGACCCGGCCUUCACAGUCUACGUGGGCCGGGUUCUCCGAAGACUGAGA